GGAGAUGAAGAAGAAAAAUGUAGAAGCCAUUGAGAGGUCUAGAAAAGCUGCGUGAAUUAUCCAUCUCCUUUCUUAUUAUUCUCAUUGUACCAGCAGAGUAUAUCUACACGAAACUGAAUCAUCAGAAAAACUAAACAACAGAAAAACUAAAUACAAACAAUAAGCUGUUAAAAUGCAGCACAUGAAGAAUAUCAAGCAACUAAAAACUGCAGCAACUAAUUAAUAACAAAUAGAAUACAUUUUAACACUUUGUCUCCAGAUCCUCUUCAUCUACUUCUCCAACAUUGUCCGCAUAGAGGCCGCGUCCUUCUCGACAAGGUUCGGUGGAGCUCCGUCAUUUCCCGUGAAUGAAGUGGGUACAAGGCAGCGCUGUGCGCGUAUCCACUACUGAGCACGCUUGUCUUCGGCGCGUUUGCGAUCGCGUACUUGCUCUGUGUUUGGUUGUCGUGUUGGAGAGUCAUCUCUGUUGUGAUCAAUAAGGGGUUGAGGGUUCGAAUCUACAAGCUUACACUCGCCGUCACGGUGUCGCUGUCGACGGAGGUUCUGUUCUUGGGGUUGUCAUUGUCGCGGUCAUCUGGAUCAUCGGUUAUUUGUUGAUAUGAACCAACAAGCUCUGAUUGCACGGGAUGAUCUGCACAUGCCAAGCAGACCCAUCACAAGAGCUAGAGCCAAGAAGGUCAAGGAGGCUAUGCAAGGACUAAUUGAGAAGUUGCUUGAGCAAAAGUCAAUAAGGGCCAUGGACACUAAAGGAAAGGACUUUCUUAAAGAGUCUAAGAUGGGCUGGUUUGAGCAGUAUCGGAAACGGGCUGGUUUGAGCAUUAUCCAUUCUAAGAAAAUUAGGUUUUUCACAAACUGUUUUGGUGAAUUUGGGCUUGAAGGCCUUCCAUACGCCAUUCCUGCAGCUAGAAGCAGCUGAUGACAAAAGGGCAAGCACUUAUUAAUUUCUCAACUCUCUCUCUCUCUCUCUCUCUCUCUCUCUCUCUCUAUUUAAUUUAUCUGCUUCCUGUUUAAAUAUUAAUUGUGCACUUGUGAGAUAAUCAAUUAAUACAUGUUGUUAGUGGGGAAGUGACUGCAGUCGUAUGUAGUGUAAUUGGGACAAAACUUGGGAGUUGAGAAAGGGGCUUCUAAAUUGGAUGCCCAUUCAAUCACUAAUUUUCAUUAC